AUGAAGUACAAGGCUGGGUUGGUUGGGCUUCACAAAAGCCACCUGGGAAAGCUCGAGGAUGAGGUCCUAGGAAAAGAGGACAUGUUGCCCAAAGAUGGUUCUGAAUACCCUUUGGUACUUGAAGAUGCUUUAGAGGACUAUAUGGAGUUGGAAGCAGCAUCGAUGAGUGUUGGUGGUAGCGAUGUAGAUAUCACGGCCUGGACUAGUGCCGAACGCAAGAAACACCAUUUCAAUUGGGAAGAUCCCAUUUUGGAUGAAACAAAAGCUGCGAUGGAACAGGGCGGCAUCCUUACAUUUGGAGAUUAG